CGUGCGUGGAUUCAGGUUCAUUGAUUCACAGGUUCAUGCACCUUCUUCUCUCUCCCUGCGCCCCUCCCUCUCUCCAAUUAAAACCCAACACCUCGGAAAAAGAUAUUUGAACCCCACUCUCCCUUGUCCCAAAUCUUUCUACGCCCAUCUCUGAGUCUUGGGUCCUCCGCAAGAUUUGAUCUUGAUUGGUGCUCUGAAGCUGGCCAUGGAUUGAUAGAUUGAGGUUCUCGUGAUAUUCAACAAUUCAAAUCAAAAUGUCUCCAAGACACGUCUCUAUGGUGGAGCGUAGGACUUCUGUUGAUGUGGUAGAAGAAUGUUCUGAUGAAAGAGUACAUGACAGAUUGUGGCCACUUGAUGAUAUUGAUCCAAAGAACGCAAAAUUUCCUUGCUGCAUAGUUUGGACACCACUUCCUAUUGUUUCUUGGCUAGCUCCUUAUAUUGGCCAUUUAGGAAUAUGCCGAGAGGACGGAGCAGUCCUAGAUUUUGCGGGUUCAAAUUUUGUGGGUGUAGAUAAUUUUUCUUACGGAGCUGUUGCCAGAUAUCUUCAACUAGAUCGAGAACAGUGCUGUUUUCCUCCAAAUCUAUCAGAACACACAUGCGAGCAAUCAUAUAAGCACAUGGAACAAGGCACUUCAAUCUCAUGGGACGACGCGCUGAACUCAAGCACACAGCAUUUCCAGCACAAAUACUACAACCUCUUCACCUGCAACUGCCACUCAUUCGUCGCCAACUGCCUGAACCGCCUUGCCUACAACGCCUCUGUGAGGUGGAAUAUAAUAAAUUUAGUUGGACUUGUAAUUUUGAAAGGAAAAUGGGUAAAUGGCAUGGCAGUUGUAAGAUCGUUCUUCCCUUUUGUUGUCGUGAUGUUUGUUGGAGUUUUGAUGGCUGGGUGGUCUUUCCUCAUCGGGCUAGCUUCGUUCUCUUUUCUGCUUAUUGGUUGGUUUGUAUUUGGCACAUAUUGUAUGAAGCAACUGAUAGACUGUUAGCUUGGUGUCAUCAGCCUCGAGAUUUCUGUAUGUUUGAUGGAAGUUAGGCUUUUUGGAUAGUGCAACAAAUGUCGACUCCUGAAAUCUGUCAUUGGCUUCUACAUGUUUAUAUCCUGAUCAGUCUUCUUGUGGCUAUUGUGAGACAUUAUUCUA